AUGUCCACAUACCAGAUCAAGCUCUACAGGCCCCCCGAUGGCCUUACUCGCAAGUUUGUCGACGCCGUCCCGCCUUCUUGGGAAAAGCUCGCCUCUAGAAUUCAUUCACUGUACCACAUUCCGCUGGUUGAUGUUGCUGUCUCCUAUCUCGACGUGGACAACGACGAAGUCACGCUCAGCUCCGAAGAGGAAAUCCAGGACUACUACAGGACACUCGUUGUACCUCCUGGUGGCGAGCCCAUCUACUUGAAGUUUGCCGUACACGACAUGGGGUCGGAGCGCAACAAACCGCUACCCGCCACCCCGCGGGGUUCCACGUACCGCAACACCUUUGGACAAUCCAUACCGAUGAUGUUUGAAGUUGAAGACGGUUGGCAGGGUGUCGCGUCUGGCUUCGGAUCUGUGUUCACGGGCCAGAGCGACCCGCUGGCGGACGACGGCCCGCACGCGUAUGUGGAGGUCAUUGAGAGCGAUAUUGAUGGUUCUCGUGUGCAAGAUAACCAAUCUGCGGUUAGUGUUGCUGACUCUGAGCUCACCGGUUCGACGCCUCUCGCAGGCAAGGGCAAAGGCAAAGUGUCCAAGGUCUCCUCCUCUGGCUCCUCCACCGAGUCCGUUGUUUCCUCCCGUAGACCAGAGAAGUAUCCUAUCCAUGUCAUGGAUAUGAACAGUGCGAAUGUCAAGGAUGUGUCUAGCACGCGCAUGUCCUCCCCUACAGCCUCUCGGGGGGAGUCCACUCGGGGAGAAUCGACGCCCAAAGCAUCGGCCAGCGUUGCCUCAUCUACUUCAGCUGAGGCUGCGCCAGACCCGCCGCUUCCAGAUCUCAGCGACACGCCUCCCACACCCACACCUACGGCUAAUCUCGCCAAUGACGUCGCUAAUCUGUUCAGCACGCUUUCUACCGUAUUCGCAUCUCAUCCCGAGCUAUCGGAAGGCGUACGUAACCUCGUCCGUAAUGCAUCCGAUGGCACUUAUUGGCACACUCACCGCGACGCCGUUGCUCGUGCGGCAGACGAAAUUCGACGCAGCUAUGCCAGCUCUGCAGAUCUUAGGGGAAGUGCUCGUCGUGCCGCGGAGGAGGCUGCUGGACGUCGCAUCGCCGAGGCCAUCGCAAAUGUAGUUCGUGUUAUCGGGGAUGUCACAAACAACACCCCGCGCGCGAAUGCAACUUCCACGCCUCGUGCUGAAAGGGAUUCGCCUGGUUUUUUUCGAGAGGCACCCCCUUCGUUUUCCACCAAUAACCCAUCCUCUACUCCAGCAAGUGAACAAAGGCGUGCUUCUGGAGAUGGCUCUCCUACUCCGUUUCUCGCACAGCAUGUAAGAAAGGAUAGCUCUAGGUCUACAUUCGGCCAUGGGCGUGGAUUCGACCGGGGCCCCCAAGUUUCGCGCAAAUACAACGAUAUUUCGUCUCUUCUUGAAGCUGAGCCUGCUCCUUCAUUGACUCCUUGUGUUCCUCCGCCUGUACCGCCGCCUCCGCACGUUGCACCACCGCCACCACCGCCACCACCACUACCACCUCGUCCCCCGUCGCCCACUCCGGGCCCUAAUACCUCUUCUCAGUCUGCGUCUGUCCGACAACAGACGCUUCCUCCUGGUUAUGGAUCAUUUGGCAGAGAGCGGCAAGCCCAUCCGGUCCCAGAAUGGCCAUCUCACCGCCAUUAUCCCCACCCUUGGGGCCCAUAUUACUACCCUCCGCCACCACCUCCACCACCGCCACCCCCGCAUCAUCUCGGGCGUCGCAUGCAUGAUCGGUGGCUUCGCCAUUACCGUAGUCCGUCAGAUGUAUGGGACAGGCCCAUCCCUGUGCCUCCACCGCGCGCUGAAUGGACCGGGAUGGGAUUGUCAACCGACUUGGACAUUGAUGAUCUCGACUCUCCUGAUAGCUCACUGGAGCAUGCGGAGAUCUCGAUGUAUGGCAUCACACAGAGUCCAAAGGAGUCUCCAGAGAAAAUGAAGGAGUCUCUCCAAACUGCUAAAGAGCUCUACAAGGCCGAGAAAGAAAAGUACCGCCGCGAGCGGGUGGAGCGACGGAAGAACAAAGAGCGUUGGUUGAACGUGUCUGGCGAAGGUGCGCAGAUAUCCACGAGUGACGACGAUCAUCCUUCUGCGGCUGGGCAGCGCCAGGAGGUUGUUGGGUCGUCCGAGCCCGCUACUCAGAUUAUCAGUGCCGCUCGUGGACAGUUUCCCCAGCUGGAGAUGUACAGCAUCCCCAUCCGUCGCCACCACACCAUGCACGGCACCGGUUACCAUCGGACGGCUGGACCCUCGUUUGCUCCCGCCGUAGAGGCUAUCACCAGACGCCUUGGUGAUAUGGGCUUCACGACGGAGCUGUAUCCAAGCAUUCCCGCGCAGGUCAACGCGCGCAUCCCGCGAGACGGAGAACUCUCGAAGGACGCGGAAGACGCGAUCGUGAUGGAGGUACUUGAGAUCCUCCUCUUACGUUCUCCUGUGAAGGCUCCCGAGGCGUCUGGUUCUGGAACGCGUCCUGCUGCUAAGGACGACCCUAUUCCGGGCGCAUUUCCUUGA